UCUUGCUAUUAUACAUUGCACAAUGGAGAAAGCUCCAUAUUCCAUGCGGCCAGUUGUGAUAUGACACAUAUAAGCUAGAACCAUUCCCUCAAUUCCCCUGCUUCGUUAAAUCAUAGUCUCACUUGAAGCAUGCCUUAAAUCUUCCAUAUUCUGAUUUGAAGCGUACUGUGUGCCAUGGCCGGUGAUCAUGAGCAAAAUAACACCGCCGCCAGGGCGGAGGCGCGUCUUGGCAUUGGACGGGUGGCGCUAAAUCGCCUGCGGUUUAACCAUGAAUCUCCGACGGCCCGGAUGCUGGACCAAUCCAACGUUGACCGCCUCGUAGACGUCUUCAAAGAAGUUGGGUGCAACAACCGGGACGCGGAACAUUCGAUCCCCGUUGUCAUCACCCGUGACCAGCUUCAUCGAGUGUUGCAACGAUCAGGCCUGUCUGAAGCUGAUUUGCGGUCUAACGACCAUGAGCCUCCCUAUCUUAAACUCCGGAAGAAGGAGGCAUUGAGUUGUCUGCACGGCCAGCAUCGGCAUGCAGCGGCCUGCCAUUUUUUCCGGCAUCGUCCACGGGAGGACCGUUGGUGGACGGUCACACUCUAUGAUCGAGACGCUUUGUUCACGGACGCUCGGCGUGACAUCGCCGCGGGACAUUCAACCAGCGUGUGGUCGUUUUGUGGUGGCGAGGUCUACCGUCACAUCCAACUGGCAACACAGCGGCGUGAUCGUCGCCAACGAAAGCAGUGGAAGUGUCGGAUCCUCACCAAGCAGAAACGCUAUGAUGUGCGACGGUUGCGACAUUUCCCGCAGUACCGCGAGCUCCGGGAUGCGCUCGACUCUCUCCUACCGUUCCGUGCCCUGUGGAAAGGGUUACGGCUGGGCACGCUGCGACGCAAGUUUGCCCUUCGAAGUCCAGAAGUAAGUACUGCCGUGGCGCCGAGGCUUUUGGAGACGACGAACUGACGGAGGAACCCCAGAGGCUCGCUCACUAUGUACGCCGAGUGCACCAUGUAUGGUCCCAGAUCCUUGGUGGCAUCCACCCAGA